AAGGCUCUUAUUUGUCGUUCUUAAGUUUAUAAUUCAAAAUUGCUAUAAAAGGUUCGAUUUGUCGUCAGUCAAUCACCCAUCAACAUGAAGUUCUUGGUCAUCUUAGCCGCUUGCCUUUUGGCCGCUGAGGCCGCCCCCAAGAAGAGCCUAUGGCGUCCAACCACCAAGGCUGACUUCCAAAACCUGAAGACCAGGAACAUCAUGCAGAUGCAAGCUCUGAGCUUCGUCAAGCCCAAGAAGCCCAGCCCUCUGCCCACCACGCCCGUGAGCGCCAUCUCCGCCCCCCGCCAGGCUGACUGCGGUCUGGAGAACACCAAAUCCGCCUCUGGCAAGAUCGUGGGUGGGGCCGAGACCAACCCCAAUCAGUUCCCCUGGGUGUCUGCCUUGAACUGUGUCAACACCUUCUUCUGCACCUCGUCCAUCGUGAACGAGAACUGGAUCCUGACCGCUGCCCAUUGUGUGGAUGGUUGCAACAACGGAUGGGACGUGACCGUGGGUGUGCACGACUUGAGCCGACCCGAGUCCACCGCCCAGACCAUUCACGCUCCCGCCAGCAAUGGUAUGACCCACCCUCUGUGGGACGCCGCUCUCAUCAUCAACGAUAUCGCUCUGGUGAGGCUGCCCGAGGCCAUUGAAUUCAGUGACGUCGUCCGACCCUCGUGCAUGGUGGACUCUGGAGAUAUUGGAGAUGAUUUGGUGGGUCAAGAGACCACUUGCACUGGAUGGGGCAAGCUCUCCGACAGCCCCUUCGAAGGCCGUGCCGACAAGAUGCACUUUGUCCGAGGACGCAAGAUCAUCACCAACGAGGAGUGCGCCGGUACCUACGGUAGCACCAUCACCGACGGACACGUUUGUAUCGACACCUCUGACGGCAAGGGCGUGUGCUCAGGCGACAGUGGCGGACCUCUGAACUUGCAGACCGCCUCCGGCCAAUAUAAGACUGUUGGAGUCACCUCCUUCGUGUCUGGUGCUGGAUGUGCCUCUGGAUAUCCCCAUGGAUUCACCCGGACCACCGCCUACCUGGACUGGAUCUUGGACAACACUCGCUAGAUAAACCACUAAGUGGCAACAUCCACGAGAUCAAACGCAAUAUUAAAAAAAAAACUUUAAACCGAGCAAAAGGAAGUCACAUU